AUGUCUAAGCUUUUUGCAUAAUUUUUCAUCAUAAAGGCAAAACAUUUUUUCUCCAAAAAUACAUUUCCUACUAUACUAGAUUAAGUGAAACAACUAACAACGCUCUCAAUUUUCUUCUAAAGUAAAAUGUUACUUUAAAAUGAGUAAUGUGUGAGAUUUGGUAACUUUUGCAAGACAUGCAGAUAUUCAUAUAAAUUCGACAUUAUGUAGUUUCUAAGUUGCAUUGAUAAUCAAUUAUAUUAAUAAUCUUUGGAUGGACAAAAUUGUAAAAGAACUAAAUACCAAAUUGUCUAUCUGCCUUUGAAGUAGAUAAGGAAGAUUUCUUUACUAAUUUUUUGGACUAUAAGUUUACUCCUUCUUAUGUGA